AUGGCACUAAGUAAUAAUAUUAUUGGUGCCAUAAAUUUUGUUGCUACGCUUCUUUCAAUUCCAAUAAUUGGUACUGGAAUCUGGCUUGCAACAAAAUCUGGUAAUUCUUGUGUCAAGAUUCUACAAUUCCCAGUAAUCAUUCUAGGCAUUCUUAUUUUAGUGGUUGCACUUGCUGGAUUCAUUGGUGGGUUUUGGAGGAUUCCAUGGCUGCUUAUUUCCUACCUCAUUGCAAUGCUGGUUCUCAUAAUAUUGCUUGCAUGUUUGGUUGUUUUCGUCUAUUUGGUGACUAUUAGAUGUUCUGGACAUCUUGCUCCAAGACGGGCUUAUUUAGAGUAUCGUCUAGAUGACUUCUCGGGGGGGCUUUGCCGGAAAGUUAGAAGUUCUUACCAGUGGGAUAGAAUUAGAAGUUGCCUUAGCUCUUCAAGCACGUGUGCUGAAUUGAAUCAGAGCUAUCGUAUGGCCCAAUAUUUCUUCAAUGCCCAUAUCACUCCAUUGCAGUCCGGAUGCUGUAAACCACCAAUAGAAUGUGGCUACACAUUUGUGAACCCAACAUAUUGGAUUAGUCCAAUAAACACAGCAGCUGACAUGGACUGCUUGCAAUGGAGUAGUUGUUGA